ACAAGGCAGAAGCUACAGGCAACCUACACAGUGUCGAAAAGAUCAAAACUUUCUCAGCCGUUAGAUCUUCAUUUCAUCUCUCUUUCUUCUUCUUCCUCUCACUCUCUCUCUGUGCCAUCUGACCAGUGGGUUUGCAGAUAUUCAAACAACUCACCCCUCUUUUACUCGCCUCUCUCUCCGAUUCUCCAGAGCCGAUUAGGGUUUCUGGAUUCCGAUUGAAAAACCGUUCCUUUUCCUCGAUUCCAGCGGAUUGAGUGUGCAAUCCAUCCUCACCCUGAAAAGGUAGCAGAGAAACGAGGUGGAGGAUGACGGAUUCGAGCGCGGCGAUGCCGUUGGAGAUGGCACAAAUCUUCGCGACGGCGAUGACGAAUUGGUGGGACGAGGUUAACGAGUCAACUCGGUGGCAAGAUGGGAUCUUCUUCUCUCUCUGUGGAGCUUAUGCUCUCGUCUCCGCCAUCGCUCUCGUCCAGUUGGUGAGGAUCCAAAUGAGGGUGCCUGAGUAUGGCUGGACCACUCAGAAGGUGUUUCAUCUUAUGAACUUCGUCGUCAAUGGAGUUCGUGCGGUUCUAUUUGGAUUUCACCAUCAAGUCUUUCUCGUGCAUCCGAAGGCUCUUUGCUGGAUAUUAUUGGAUCUUCCGGGCCUCCUCUUUUUCUCGGCAUACACCCUGCUUGUUCUCUUCUGGGCUGAGAUAUAUCACCAGGCAAGAAGUUUACCAACUGAUAAACUGCGGAUAACAUAUAUUGCAGUCAACGUGGCUGUAUAUUUGGCUCAGGUUGUUAUUUGGGUAUGCAUCUGGGUGAAUGAUAACAGCACUGUGGAACUAGUUGGGAAGAUAUUUAUGGCAGUUGUGUCUUUCAUCGCUGCUUUAGGCUUCUUGCUUUACGGAGGAAGAUUGUUUAUUAUGCUGAGAAGGUUCCCUAUUGAAUCAAAAGGAAGAAGGAAGAAGCUCCAUGAGGUUGGAUCUGUGACAGCGAUAUGCUUCACCUGCUUCCUCAUAAGAUGCAUUGUGGUGGGUGUAUCAGCUUUUGACAGAGAUCUAACGCUGGAUGUUCUUGAUCAUCCAGUUCUGAACUUAAUCUACUAUAUGGUGGUAGAAGUACUUCCAUCGGCACUAGUGCUCUUCAUCCUCCGGAAGCUACCUCCAAAGAGAGUAUCAGCUCAGUACCAUCCUAUCCAGUAGACUUUUUUUUUAGCUGAAGCCAUCACACGGCGACUCUGAUGAUGUUGCAAGAGAGACAGUAAAGAUUCAGUAAAGAAAAUAUGGUCAGGACAGAAUUUUUAAGAGUUGCUGGCGGAUGUUUGAUUGUCAUGUUAUGUCUGGUUGAAAAUAAUAACCAAUUGUUUUACCUUUUUUUUUUCCUUCGCAAAUGACACACUGUUCUAACCA